ACGUCUCCCCGUCCUUCCAGGCCCUCCAGGACCUGAUGCUCCCCAACCCCCCCUACCUGUUUGGGGUGUUGCUGCAGAAGUGGGAGACCCCCUGGGCCAAGGCGUUCCCCAUCAGGCUCAUGCUGCGGCUGGGCGCCGAGUACAGAUUCUACCCCUGCCCUCUCUUCAGUGUGCGGUUCAGAAAACCCCUGUUUGGAGAGGCUGGUCACACCAUCAUGACACUGCUAGUGGACUUCCGUAAUUACCAGUACACGUUGCCCGUGGUGAAGGGCCUGGUGGUGGACAUGGAGACGAGGAAGACCUGCAUCAAGAUCCCCGGCAACCGAUACGACGAGCUGAUGAAGGCCAUGAACAAGUCCAAUGAACACGUCCUGGCCAUGGGGGCGUGUUUUAACGAGCAGGCCGACUCCCACCUGGUGUGUGUUCAGAACGACGACGGAAACUACCAGACCCAGGCCAUCAGCAUCCACCACCAACCACGCAGAGUGACCGGCGCCUGCUUCUUUGUGUUCAGUGGUUCUCUGAAGGCAGCCUCUGGAUACUUGGCCAAGACCAGCAUUGUGGAAGAUGGUGUGAUGGUGCAGAUCACAGCAGAGACCAUGGAUGCUCUACGGCAAGCCCUCAGGGACAUGAAGGACUUUAGUAUCACCUGUGGCCGGGCAGACCAGCAGGACACCCAGGAACAUGUUCACAUACAGUGGAUAGAUGACGAUCGCAACUUUUUCAAUAAGGGGGCAUUCUGCGUGGCGCUGUGCCCGCACCUCAAACUGCUGAAGGACGAUGGCAUGGCUAAACUGGGCCUACGGGUCACCCUCGAGUCUGACCAG